AUGACUGGAGUGACUGGUUGGAUUUAUCUGGACAAAAAAGAUAAAUCCUCACCAUCGUCUCCAUUGUCAAAUAUUUAUACAUGGCAGAUGAUGGUGAAAAACCUUACCUUUGAUGAUGUUGCAAAGAGAUGGAAAGUAGAGAGGAAGAUAGCAGUAUUGCAAGUUGAUGAUGAGAUAAGGACUUUUUAUCAGUUAUAUUAA